AGAGCCCCGCCGGCCCUAACAUGGCGGACAGACCCCAGCCAGCCCCCUCCCGCCCUUCUCGCGAUGCUAUUGGUCGUCCUCCCUGUCGCUCAGCCAUCCUUCCGCGCUGAUUGGUCGGGAGGCGGGGCCGCGCGCUGUAGAAGCACAACAAUAACACAACCCGGGGAAGCCGGAAGCGGGAGGACGGGCGGCGAGCCAGCAGCCGCGCACUUCCGGUGCUCCCACAAUGCAGUGCGUCGCAUGGUCGCAGCGCCCGCGGAGCAACUAGAGGUCACGAGGUAUUUCGGUCUGCAAAGCAUGGACCUGGCCGUGGUUGCCGUUGGAGAGGUGCAGAACGUGCUCUCGGCUAUGCGGAAGAACUUGGAGUGCCCCAUUUGCUUGGAUGUAGUGAAAGAGCCCGUUUCAACAAAAUGUGAUCACAUAUUCUGCAGGUUUUGUAUGUAUAAACUCCUCAGCAAAAAGAAAAAUGGAGUGGUACAGUGUCCUCUGUGUAAGGCUGAAGUUACUAAGAGAAGUCUUAAGGAAAAUUCCAGAUUUAAGCAGCUGAUUGAAGGGCUGUUGGAAGCUAUCCACGCAUUUGAGCUUGACACUGGAGUAAAAUUUUUAAACAGCCAUCACCUUCCUAAAUCAUCCACAGAAGCCACUACUGCAAAGCUUCCAUGUAAUGAAAGUUCUGUCAUCCAGAGUAAGGGUUUCAGAAACAGGAAAAGAAGUGCUAAAGAAAAUGAACAAGAAAACUGCAGCUUGCAGGGAGCUAACGUGGAUGCACAGCGUACAGACACCAGUGUGAAAAGGCGUUCCCUAAGAAAUCGAAACCAGAAAUGUGACUUUGAGAAAGGAGUACUUAUAGAGCUUGGCACUGAUUCAUCUGAAGAGCUUUGCAAACAGGCAGGCAACACUGGGUUAGGAAACAAAGAAGUGGUUCAGAUUUCAUCUCAAGAAAAGCAAGAAGAACCUAAGAGUCCUGAGAAGGGGAAUGAAUAUUCUUGCAAUACACGACCUACUGAGCUGAGAGCUAAAGAAAUAAUUCUGCCAAAUGCCAUAGGUGAAAGUGAUUUCUCAAAGGAAGCCUUGAGCAAGAAAAGCACGCAGAACGUCACUGAACAUGCCAAUCCUGAUGAAGUGAACGAGAUGGAAUGCCAGAGUUCUCCUUUAAACAUUCUUGCCACAGACCUGCUCACAGAGAGGUGUGACAGAAUAGAUAAUGCCAGUCCCUUAAAGAAUGGGGACACGUCUUUUCCUAAGAAUGCAGAAGAAAUGGAUGCAGAGCAAACUCAGUGCAGUAAUAAAAGCCAAGAGUUUGACUUAGAAGAUAGCUCAGAGAACAGACCGGAUAAAAGCAAGGAAAUAGAUGAUGAUGUGCAAAAUGUGGAAGAUGUGGAAAUGUGUGAAUCUCAGAAUGAUUCUGAAAAAGAAUCUCCUCUGGAGAAGCUCCUUCAGCCAGAGACACCACACUGUCCUACGCUGCAUCAAGUCUCUAGGAAGAGGUUGAAAAGAAGCAUUCAGAAAGUCAACGAAUGGUUUUCAAAAAGCAAUGAGAUUCUAUCUUCCAAUUCAUCCCAUGAUGAUCCUGCUGAGGCAAGUGAUGUUUCAGGUGAAGGAGAUGCUUUAUCAGAUAAAGAUUCCUGUAUUUCAGAGAAGACUAGCCCUGUGUUAGGUUUCAUGGAAACGACAGUGUCUGAAGGAAACAAGAGAUGGUCCAAACAAAAAACAGACAGCAUCAAAGACAAAAUAUUUGGUAAAACAUACAAGAGAGAGAGGAAGUCAAAUCCCCCUAUUAUCUUGAGAGAGAUACCUACUACAAAAAAGGAAGAUGUGCCUGCUGUUCAGGAGUGCUUAAAUAAUUCCAGAAAAGACAGCCUAAAACGAAAAAGGAAGGCUGUCCGUCACCUGCAGCCUGAGGACUUCAUCAAGAAAAAAGAUCUAGAGGAGGCAGGUGGAUGCCCUCAAAGUGUUAACUCAUGCCUUGGAGAUGCUGAAAAGAAAAAAUGUGAUGAAAGUUCUGCUGUUAAGGAGGAUCCCCUGCAUGAGAAAACAAAGGGUAGUAUGCUAGCAGAAUUUGAGGAGGGAGAAUCCAUGUUGAAAAAUGCCACUGAAAAGGUAACGUGUGAGCACUUUGAAGGAGAGCUAGAACUGAAUAACUCUGAUCAGAAGAGCACUAAAAAUACAAGUUCUGCAGCAAAAAGAUGCAGACGUUCAACUAGAACUAUGUGCACUUUACAGUUAGUAGUGGAUAAAAACUCUGGUUCCCCUGAUCCAGCUGAGACACUGAUUGAGAGCUACCCAAGCAGCGAAGAACCAAGGAAUGUUGAUUCUGAGCAACGGCAAGUCAGGCGCAGCAGGAGGCUCCAGUUACUUUCUGAAGAAAUGACAAAAGAGACAGCAAAAAGGGUAGUAAUUAAGGAAGCAAGCAAAUGUGACAGUGACCAGGAAGGGUCUGUCUUUGGAGUUGAAAAGACUGUGUUAGUUCAUGAUUCUGAAUGCAAAGACCUGUGUGAGCAGCAGGAUGUAUUGAGUUGCAAGCCACUCACCAAUCUAGAGAGUGCUGAUCUGGAAGCAAAUGCAAUACAGAUUAGUCCAAAAAAUUCAUCUGAGACUGCAGAAACUGGAAAAAGUCUAUUAAAUCCUGCACCUUCGCAGCAGCAUUCAAGUUUGAAUUCCUCUUCACCCAAAGCAGGUUCACAAGAAGGUGAGAUGCUGGGUAACCCUUUCCUCCUCCAGUCUCCUUCAAAGACUGUUGUGCAAACUGCUUCCCACCUGCCUGAAGGGAAGAGGGCUGAAUCAUGCAUUACUUUACCCGAGGACAAAGAGCACUGUACACAAAAUGGUCCAGAGGGCCUCAGGACUGAAAAGUCACCGAUGGCGAAAAAUGUUUCAGAACUGACCAAGGAAUCUGAAGACAGCGAGCUAGACACGCAGUAUCUGCGCAAUAUAUUCAGGAAUUCAAAGCGCCUAUCGUUCAGCCUUUAUCCUACUCCCAGGAAAGCACGUGAAGUAGAUGAUGUUGCAUCUGAGAAGCUAAAAAUUUCAUGUGCUGAUCAGGUAGGAAAAAGGCAUGGUAAAUAUUUAAAUACAGAAAACUUGCAGGAAGAGAAAACUGCCGAGAACUUGAGUAAUCUUUGUGAGAAAGAGAAGAUGAACUCUGAAUCUGCUUGUGCUAGUCCGGUGUCGUGCGCUGUCAGCAAUGCUGAAUGUGUGCUCUCUGCGGACUGUCAAGAUGUUUCACAGGUUGCUCAUCAAGGGAAUUUGAUGACACCGGUAAGAAUGGGUGCUGCUCGUAGUGAAGGUGAAAACAGACCACAAAAGGGAGAGCAGGGAAGUGAAAAGACAGCGUCAACUGAUGUAGGGGCAGAAAGAGCGUUGAGACAAAAUCCAAUUAAAUGCAGUAGAAGUCAAAGUGAUCAGAGUAACACAGAAGAGCACGUUUUCCAGAGGACAGAUCUUAACACAGUCAGUGAAACGUGUUUCAGUUCAGAAAGCAAUCAAGUAGAAAAGGCCGACUUUGUUGACAGCGAAGGACCGGUGCUAUGUUUUCAUCCCGGAUCAAUGGCUUGUCCUACAGCUUGUCAGCAAAGGUCUGCAGAAUUGAACUGCAAAGACACUGAAAAAAGAAGUAGCAAAAGAAGACGAGUAAAGGGGGAUGAAGAGCAAGCGACACAAACUGCCAGCCGAGGGGUGCCGGAGUGCUUAGUUGCAGAGACUCUAGAAGAACCUUUCAAAGGUAGCGGUGAUUGUACAGAUACGUCUGAAACCCCUGAUGGUUUAAUGUGCUCCGAUGAUGAUAGUGAAGAGAAUGUCAGCUUUUGUGAAGCUCAGAGGAAAGACAAUUCUGCUGUGUUUGUAAAAAGUGACUUGGUGAAAGAACGAAACAACGGAGGUGUUAGUCCCAAACCAGGGUCUAAAGGGGUUCAGAGGUCUCGGAGAAGGGCACAGAAACUGCAGUCUUCAUCUGAAGAAUCUAGUGAGGAUGAAGACUUGCCGUGUUUUCAGGCAUUAAUAUUUGGCAAGUCAGUAAGCACACCUUUGCAGACCAAUAAACAGGCGACGUCUGCCGUGGGGUCUUCAGGAGAUCCCAACGCGUUGCCUCAGGGUUGUGAGGACAACAACGUGCAGAAAACACCUGAUGCUGCCCUAAGCAAUGGCUGUGCUUCACCAAGCCAGGAGUCAGAAUGCUCUGUGAACUUAUUUUCUUCCCAGUCCAAUGUGUCUGAAGAGUCAGCUGAUGGAGCACAGGAGCCAAAGAAACCUUUAUUACAAGCUCACGCGUCCAAACAACCGAGCAACGUGAGCGAGAGCAAAGAAACCCUUCAGAGUUGCACUGGCGGGCGGAAGAGAAGAAAAACGAACUCCAAAGAUGAAUGCCAAGAAGACCCAAACCAGGGGACAAACCUAGGUGAAGCAUCUGGAUAUGACAGUGAAACAAGUCACGUAGAGGAUUCAUGUGGACCAUUCUCUCAGGGUGAAAUCCUUUCUACACAGCAGAAGAAUGCUAUGCAGAACAACCUGAAAAAACUACAACAAGAAAUGGCUGCGCUUGAAGCAGUGCUACAGCAGCAUGAGAGUCAGGACUCCGAGCUCUUACCUGUGUGUAUGGAGCUGCCGUGUCCCAGGAGUGAAGGAACACUUGCAGUGGAACAAAUGAGGCAAAGAGGAGCAGAGUCAACCUCGGAAGGAAAUCACAAAUGCAGCACUUCAAAGGGAUUUUCAGGCGAUGAUGUCCAUGUUAUACCAAGUGAUUCUUCUAACAGUAAAGUAAAUGAGAUUGAAAGGUCUCCUGAACUGCUGUAUCCCUCUCUGAAAUCCUCUUGGUCAAAGAGACCGGAUUUGGAGGAAGACCUUCAGCACGAUAGUGUCGUGGAGAACAAAGCUCCUCAAGAGACAAAACCUGUGCAGGAAGCAGUGCAAGAAUAUAGUCAGAGUGAAGAAGAAAAUGCAGAUGAGGAGUCUGGGACUAAAUUAAACAAGGCAUCUGUCUUAAAUGAUCUCUGUGGAAAUGUGACCAGGAAUCCAAAUGCCUCUUCCUCCUUUGUAAAGCCUCCUCACCUUCAAACUGCAGAAGCAACAAAUAGUUCUGCUGUAGCUCAGAAUGAUAAUAAAAGCCAUUCCCAAGGAUGUAAAUUGAAGAGAAGUGUGUGUUUUCCUACAUCAGUUCUGCACAGUGCAGCUGGGAAAGAAAAUGCUACAAGUCCAGUUGUGGCUACCAGGAAAAAAAUGUCAAUUGUGGCAUCAGGUCUUAAUCAAAGCGAACACAUGGUGGUCCAGAAGUUUGCCAGAAAAACUCAAAGCACUUUCUCUAAUCACAUUUCUGAUGGAACAACACACGUCAUAAUGAAAACAGAUAAGGAGCUGGUGUGUGAACGGACACUGAAGUACUUUCUGGGUAUUGCAGGAAGAAAAUGGGUAGUUAGUUAUCAGUGGGUAAUUCAGUCUUUUAAAGAAGGAACGAUACUGGAUGAGGAGAACUUUGAAGUUAGAGGAGAUGUAAUCAAUGGGAGAGACCACCAAGGUCCUAAGAGAGCGAGACAGUCUCUGACGGAAAAGAUCUUCAAAGACUUUGAGAUCUGCUGCUAUGGUCCUUUCACUGAUAUGACUACAGGGCAUCUUGAAUGGAUGGUGGAGCUUUGUGGUGCCUCUGUAGUGAAGCAACUUCAUCUGUUCACCCACAAAAAGAAUUCCACUGCUGUUGUGGUUGUGCAGCCAGAUGCUUGGAUGGAAGGCACAAGCUCUCACGCAAUCCAGCAAAAGAACAAUGUUGCCGUGGUGACUCGAGAGUGGGUGCUAGACAGCGUUGCUUGCUACAAGUGCCAGGAGCUUGAUGCUUACCUUGUGUCCUAAAGGUGUCUGCACUUCUCUUCCCGUUGCUUUAAUUCUCGUCAGUACUGAUACUUUAGUAAUUGUUUUAAGGGCUAUGGAUUUGUGUAAGUAACUUAUGCAGAGAAUUUGUGCGAAUUGUUGUUUUCUUUUCAGGGUAAAAUAACUAUAUUUUUAUUAACAAUCAAAAUACUGUAUAAAGAUGGAGUUGCCUGCUGUUCUGUAAAGAUUAACAUUUCUAGUUUGAAAAUAGUCCCUUAAAACUCAUGUAAAACAAGCUGAAGUUAAAACCUAACUAGAAUUUAGAACAUGGCUUCCUUGGAGAAAUGAUGAUGCAUUAUUUACCAUCCCAGCCAGUGCCUGCCUGUAUGUUUAAGGUCUUUUUCAAGGAAUACUUGUUUACAACAGUAAUACUGGGCUCGGGGCUUGAAUUAAAAUGUACUUGCACUGCUGAGUAACUUCCAUAUUUGUAUUUUGCAUAAAUACAUACCCCAAAUAAGGAUGUAUGUAUAUCAAUACAAAGAAAUACUAUUUUGUGAUUAUUUGUGUAUCAACAUGGUUACUCUUAGGCUGUGGACUACAUCUGUUCUGAAGACUUUACGAGCAGCAGUGCUGUUGUUAGGCCACCUGUAUGCAACACAUCCAGCUCUGUGACUAUCCAAGUGUCCUGCACAGCUUGGAGGUGGUUUUCCUGGUUAGUACAAGCACAUUCCCUGAAAAGCCAGCACUUGAUUGCCAAUGUAAACCAAUCCUUAAAACAGCAAGCCUAUGUUUUCACUUUUAUUUCUGAGAAGUGUGUGUGGCACCUAUGAAGAAAUAAUAGAUGCACUUUAGUAUCCCAGUGACCUACAAUAAGCCCUGUAAGAAUCUGCUUCAAAUAGUCCCUGCCUGCAGAAUGAGACUGCAAAGAAAACACGUUGCUUUUUAUGGAAGAAAAUAUAUUGCUUCUUUCUGUUGCCAAGCAAUGCAACUUCAUAAAUAAUUUUGUACUUUCAGGGCAGAAAAUGAACCUGUUUUCAUAAAGUUGUUGUUUAAAAAAAAAGUAAUAAAUUGUAGCGAUGUUCAGAGAAUUGUUUGGAUGCUGCUAGAUUGUCUUGGAAACGUCUGAAAUAUAUUUAUAAAUACUGCGAUGCUUAAAGUAAAACUGAUUCUGGCAAGUA